AUGGUAACUGAGCUUUCAUCUGCUCAACCGACUCCCUCCUUCACUCUAAGUGAAAGCCUAGUUGACUAUGCUCUCUUUUAUCGGCCCUCAGCCUCUGGUACAGUUAUUCUAUUACUUUAUGUUGAUGACAUGAUAAUCACUGGGAAUGAUUCCUCUGCCAUUACUUCCUUAAAGCAACAUUUUCAGAGUCAAUUUGAGAUGAAGGAUAUUGUCUUUCUUCGUUACUUCUUGGGUAUUGAGGUUGCUUCCUCCUCUCAUGGCUAUAUUCUCUCUCAGCAGAAGUACAUUGCAGACAUUCUUGAGCGUGCUUCUCUCAGUGAUCCUUCUAUUGUUAUCACUCCUCUCUCCACACCGAUGAAAAUGAACUUGAAGCUUCGAUAUGAUGAUGGCGAUCCCUUACAUCAGCCUACUCGAUAUCAGGAACUUGUCGGAGCAUUGCUUUAUCUUUCAACAACACGUCUGGAUAUCGCCUAUGUAGUACACAACUUGAGCCAGUUUGUCAGUAGUCUGACUUCCAUUCACUAUGUCGCUCUCGUUUGGGUUCUUCGAUAUCUCCGUGGCGCUAUAACCUAA